AUGGCGCACCUCGUCCCCGCUUCGUCCCACUCACCCUCGCUCCACCCCCCUUCGCCGCAAAACGACCGUUCUGGGCAAGCCACGCCGACGCAAGAGUCUCUCACGCCUACGCGACCUACGACCGAGCCGAGCGAGCGCAAGUUCGAGCGCUCAGCCUCUGCCCCGGCUCCCUGGUCUCCCUCCCCUCCGUCUCCGACUCCUACUGGUCGCGCGCAAGCCUCGCUCUCGUUCGCUUCACCUCGCUUCGUCCACUCCGACACUUCGACGCCCGCCAUCCACGCCCAUACCAGCGAGAAGGGCACGUUCAGCUUCACCGUCCCCACGACUCCGCCUUACUCGCCCGCUCACUCGCGCGAGUCGACCGUCUCGACCUUCGGCAACGACGCGGACCCCGUCUCUGCACUUCGCGGGAGGAACACGCCGUUCUUCAUGGUCUCAACGGGCGGAGGCAGCGAGGAGCAGGGAUCGAGCGACGAAGGAGGCAAAGACGGGCCCACCGCUGCGGCCUGGGAGAACACUCUCGGCGCCUGGACGCGAGGCGAAUGCAUCGACAGGUCGAAGAAUGAUCCAGGUUCCAGCAAGCGCAGCUUCAAGCGCGGCGAGAGCGCGCCGGCAAUCUCGUUCGGCGAACACGGCGCUGCAGGACCCCCUGGGCAAGCCGUGCGCCCCUUCGCCCACAUCAAGCACGGCUCGGACUUUGCUCACGAGGUCAACGUCGCCCAUCUCGCUUCGCUCGUUCAUACUCUCGACGCUCGCCUCUCGACCAUCACCGGCCUUUCCGACGACCUCUACAGUCGCAUUGUUCUGCUCGAAGACGUGACGCGCCAGCAGGGCCACGAGCUCGACCUCCUCCGCCAGGUUGUCGCCCCUCAGCGCGCCCCGUACGGUCCGCAACCGCCACACAUGCCGCAGAGCUGGUCUCGCGGCGUCGCCGGAUCUUUCGAACAGCAAGCGAUCGACCAGCCGUCUCGCGUCGCAAGUCUCUCGGCCCGUCCUUUCAACCUUCGCACACGCUCCUACCCAACCGGCAGCUUCCCUCUCGAGCUCGAGGGCCCUCGUCUCUCGACCACUAUCGAGGAAGCCGGAGGAUGCGGCGUUCCCGCCUUUGUCCCGCCGCAGGUCGGCGGACAAGCCAGUAACUUCGGCUCGCCUCGCGCCUUCCGCCCUCACAAUUCCUCUGAUAGCGAGUUCUUCCUGCAAGCGCUCGAGUCGCAGCAGGGUGUCGAAGCUGGCCAGCCUUUCCAGCAGGACGUCGGUGGCGGCUCCGCUCACCAAGACUCGAUGGGCGCGAUGGGCGGUGCUGCGCUUUCUCGCACGAGGUACGGUGGAGCUGGGAUGGAGAGGUCGGUCAGCUUCGCCGACUUCGGAAGCGGAGGGAUGGCGGGACUAGGAGUUAUCAAUAGCAGUCAGGGCACGAUGCGCAGUCGCUCCGUGUCAGUCGGCGCGGGCACGCAGCACCGUUCGUCGCCGUCGAGCACCCAAGGCGUCGCCGGUCUCGGUAACGACACGCCCAACUACCGCCUCUUGCUGGAGACCGACGCCGACAUCGAUGCCGAGUCUUUCGUCCGCCGAAUUCUCAGGCAUAACGACCAGCAAUGCUCGCUCUUCCUCCAGCAGAAGGUCAAGUCGACGACGCCCGAGAAAAAGCAGGAGGUCUUCGACGCUGUCGGCAAGCAUAUUUGCGAGCUCAGCUUCAGCAAGUUUGGCAACUUUCUCGUCUCUCGCUGCCUCGAAGCCGGCGACAAGCAGCUCGCGCAGGCGUACGAGGAUUCGCUUGCUGGCCACUUCCUUGCCCUCAGCCUCGACCCGUUCGGCUGCCACGUCCUGCAGAAGCUGCUCGACUGCGGUGGCGCUCCGACCAAGGCGCGCGUGAUUGAAGAGCUUCUCCCGCACCCCGAGACCCUUCAAUCGCGCAACGCCUGCCACGUCUGGAACCGCAUCCUCACCUCGCCCAACCCGCCGACCUUCUUCCGCCGCCUCGCCGAGAUGGGCAAGGGCUUGUGGAGGGAAGUCGUCAAGGAGGACGGCGGCUCGCUCAUUGUCCAGCACAUGAUUGAGGAUUGGCACGAAGCGCAUACGAGCGUCGUCGCGAGGGAGAUACUCGAGCAUGUCGAGGAUGUCGCGCAGACGGCAUGCGGAUUGUUGAUCGUCUCGCACUUGAUCGACCGCAACGCCUUGCCGUUCUGCACCAAGAUCAUGAAGCACGCGCCGACCCUCGCGACCGACAAUUUCGCUGCCAAGCUCGUCGACAAGUGCAUCCGCCUCGGCAGGACCGCCCCGAUCGGCAUGAGCGGCUUUCUUGAGGAGAUCACCAAGACGAGCGACGCGGAAGACCCGCUUCUUCUGCGCAUGGCUGCUCACGCGAACGGUGUGCAGCUGCUGACUGGCAUCAUCACUGGAUCGACCUCCCCUCGCGAGAAGGACAAGCUCGCCCGCUGCGUCAAGCGCUUCCAGGCGGAGCUGCUCAAGGAUGGAUCGGCGAACAGCGCCAAGCUCGCCGAAUUGCGCGCGCAGCUCGAGGACAUCGAGGACGAGGACCAGGAGGAACUGCUCGCCGCCCUCCAUGCGAUGCAGGCGAAGAAAGUCCGCGCGAAUCUCAAGAAGCAGGAGGGGCUGGUCGCGCAGGGUGCGGAACUCGUUAGGCAGUAUCAGGAGAGCGUGAGGGAGUUGCUGGAGGAAAGGGAGGUGGCGAUACUCCUGUUCACUCCGCCAGCGACGCGAUCGAGCAAGAGUUGGCGGUCGGAGCGCGAAGAAGCCCGCAAGAUCGCUCACGCUCUCGCGCAGGUUGCUCAAGGCGAGAAAGUCGACGUUGACGACGUUUCAUCUGCUCUUUGGCGCAUGUCGAACGAGCAGGCGGGAGGAGAUACGAUGGAAAGUGUCGAGGACUAG